AUGUGGGCCCCUUUCCUUAUGCACUUGCCUGCCAGAAUUUUUUUUUAAAAAGCAGUUUUGUAUCUUCCCCCCUAGUUGGUCUCCUCCUUUCUUCCCACCCCCAAAAGCCAGAAGAGGAAGAAGCACAGGAAGCAAAGGAUGUUGCCAAGAGCAAGAGAAGGUCUCAGAGGAAGCAUCCCAACUUAGGGGAACAUCAGAGGUCUGGAAUCCCCCAGAGACACAAGCCCACUUGGGCAGGUGUUGGAGCCCUUUUUCCAAGCAUAGCACAGCCCACGCCACCUCCCAGGGGAGGUACUGGGCCUCCUACACAAUUUACUAUGGCCUGUCUAAACUGGCAUACGGUCAUCUCUGUAUUCAUUGUCGUGACUGUCAAAGCUGUUGGUACAACCUUUUUUCUCCUUUAUUUACCACAGAUAUUCCCUCCUGUCCUUGAAGAAAACUUCAACUCUACCAGCACAGAAAGAAGCACAACAGUGCUGUGGACAUCUCCCACUACCUUUGAAGACAAUUUCAAAUACUCCACCACUGAAGCCAGCAGAAUUGUUCCACAGACCUCACAUGUCACCUCUGAAAGGAACUCCAGAUACCUCACCACAAAGAACAGCAGAGCAGUCUGCCCUAUUCGGUGGGAUCUUCAUAAGGGGAGAUGCUAUUUCUUCUCUACCAAUGAAGGAAACUGGGAUGAUAGUCGGGACCAAUGCAUGAAUGAAGGGGCCACACUGGCAGUUAUCAACAACAUAGAGGAGCAGAAGUUUCUCCAAGAUAGAGCUGGCGUAGAGAUAUAUUUCAUUGGCCUUCGAUUCCAGAUUUCACUAGGAAGUUGGCAGUGGAUUGAUGGCUCAGAAUUCCUGAUCAACCAUCUAAAACACUUGCCAAAUUUUGACUGUGGGACCAUAGGGCUUGAUCCUGACGUGGACAUGGCAUCUUGUGAGACUCCGCAUCGAUGGAUAUGUGAGAAGAGGGCAUUAUAACACUCCUACAAUUUUGGCACAGUUCCCUAUGGUGAGGAGAAAGGGACAUACCCUCCCACACCCCCCCUCAAGGCCAUUGGGGAACCCUCAACUGGGGAUGGGCCUUUCAAACCUCCUCUUCACUCAGUGGAACACCUAUGUUCCUAAGAUAACACAUCAUCUUCUCUCAAUCCAGAAGAGCUGGCAUUGAUUAGAAUCAGAAAUGCCCAGGACUUCAAAAAAGAGAUUUGAAGUCAGAGAUUCUUGAAAACAAGUUCAAUAGGUGCUAUCUCUCUGUACAUUUGGUCACCCUAAGCUUAUGUACUUUAUUUUGGUAUAUUUUAUUUUUUGAUUAAUUGAUAAAACUGUUCCACACUAA